GACAACAGUUGUCCUCUUGCACGCUCUCGGAGCACAACUGACCUCAUUCCUAAAAUUCAGAGCCCUUCUUACAAAAACGGGAAACGCAUCUUCCUAAAAGUAAAGCUGAAGAGAAAGUGUCGCGACUCUGGAGAGAGGAACUGAUUGACAGUUUCACUUGAUGGCGGAACGUUUGGAUUGAGUGGAAGAUAUUUUUGAUCGCUUUGUUGCUUAUCCAAAUGGACUUUCGGGUGGAAAUACACCUACUUCUUGCAGUGUUAGUGAAUUACAUUCUAACUGAAGUUGAAUCAAUAAGUUAUGGUCCUCCUCGGAGGCUUCAAAAUACAACAGAUUCUACAGUUAUUACAGCAGAAGCUAGAACAAAUAUUGCUGUACACCAAAGUCCAGAAAGAAAUGAAACAAGUAACUUGCAAAGUUCUUCCAGAAGGAACAGAGGUCCUUUCACCAUUUUGUAUCCUCUAACAUUUCCUCAAAGUAGAAGAGGAAAGUAUUUGAAUCUUACUCUUCCUUCUGAGCCACCUACAUCUGAUGUUGUAGAGCCAAGGAUUGUAAAUCAUCAAGAUCUUUACUCAUAUUUUUCACCAUCACCCCAAAGAUAUAAUAAAAGUUCAAAAUCCAAUAACCCCGUUGAAGCAAGAGAUGUUCCCAGUGAACCAGAGCCCAUACCCACCAAUGCACCAAUAGAAAUGACUGAACAAAGGCCUCCUCAAUACGAUACAACAAGACUCAGAGACUUUAGAAACUACCGUCCCAUUCCGCCAAAUACUUAUCACAAAGGAUCGGCAUCUUUCCCAGCAAAACCAGGAAAACAAGUCAUCAACUCUGCUCUUACCUCUCCUGAAUCACCUCCAAAGACGUAUUUCGUGUAUCAGCCCCAACCUGAUCAACCACCACCUCAAACAUAUUACAAAAACAGAGUUCAGUAUCAUCAAUUGCCUCCAAAACUAAAUGCAACAACGGAUCAAAGUAACGCGCAACCGUUGAGAAAUCUUCCUGAAAACGUACCCUCAGUUCCACCUGCGAGAUACAACAAAGCUUAUAGCACGGGAUUCGUUGCUUAUCCGUUUCAACACAAUAUCCCACUAAAUAUUUCACACUUAAAUCCAAGGUGGUAUAACAAGCCAAAAUAUGAACAACCUCCUCUGCCUGCUCCAGAAGUAGAAACCCCUCCAGAAGAAGUCGCUAUAUAUAAUUUGGGUUCAGAUGUUGUUUCUGAAUUAUCACCGCCCAGGUAUCCUGAGUCGAUUAGUGAUCUUCCAGAACCACCUCGAAAAUAUAAGGUCAAGACUUGGAACACUUGCUAUUGCAUUCCAUACUACUUGUGUAAAGAUGGUGUCAUCAACUCCGGUGGAAGAUCUAUUGCGUCUCAUCGAAGACAAGGCAGAGCGCUUGACUAUAAUUUCAGAAAUAGGACUGCUGCUUUACUUGAAGCAACACCAAAAAUUAUGAAUACAAACCCUUCCGAAAUUCCUCCUGAUGCGAUAAUAUGCGAAGAGAAUAAAGUAUGUUGCCAGAUAUCGUUUAGUGACGAUACUUACGACAACAUUGACGAGAUCCACUAUCCUGUAGCAACGCCCCCACCUGACCCCCAGCCGACUGCACCUCCCAGGCAUCCUGACAGACGAGAUGAAAUAGAAACCUGUGGAGUCAGGAGAGCUCUAGGUGUUCAGUCAAGACUUAACCAAGUACAGUAUCCAGCAGACGUAGCUGAGUUUGGGGAGUAUCCGUGGCAGAUUGCAGUUUUGAAAAAGAUAGAAGGCGAUAAAAGUCUUUACCUAUGCGGCGGAGUUUUAAUCUCUAAUCAAUGGGUAGCAACGGCAGCUCAUUGCAUCAAGAAAGAAAGAUCCUCGCCGUUGGUAAUACGACUCGGAGAAUGGGAUGUCAACAGGAAGGAUGAAGUUUAUCCGUACCUAGAGGAAGACGUCGAUACCCUCAUCGUCCAUCCAGAGUUCAACCAAGAAAAUCUUCAAAAUGAUCUGGCGCUGCUUCGCAUGAAAGCUCCUUUGGACCCUCGAGUACCCCACGUCAACCCAGCAUGCCUGCCUAAACAUGGACAGACAUUUGACGACAACAAAUGCUGGGUCAGCGGUUGGGGGAAGGACUUUUUUGGUCCCCAGGGAGAGUAUCAGAAUGUUCUUAAAGAAGUAGACGUGCCUGUCGUUAGCCGAAGCGUGUGCACUAAUGAAAUGAGAGGCACCAAUCUAGGCACACAAUUUACGCUACAUCCUGGUUUCCUCUGUGCGGGAGGAGAACCUGGGAAAGAUGCCUGUACGGGCGAUGGCGGAAGUCCCCUGGUAUGCAAAAGUGAAGGAUACUGGUAUGUUGUUGGUCUGGUAUCGUGGGGUAUUGGCUGCGGCCAACCCGGUGUUCCAGGCGUAUAUGUUAAUCUUCUGUACUACACUGAUUGGAUAAACAGCAUCAUAUAUGGACUUGAUUCAUAAUUUUCAUUCAAAUUACUUGAAUAUAUUUCCUGUGGAAAAUCCUCAUUUCUUCGUCUUCUUUUCGAAAUUUCCAUCUUUGCCAUUGAAAAUCAUACCUUACAUG